GCCUUGUUGUGAUUCCCGUUCCCGCCGGGUUCAUCUCGUGGAUGCAAUCACAGGAUUCCCACACCGAUCUCCCCCGUGUGCAACUUCAGCUUCCUUUAACUGUCCGUCGCUCCGCCCGCCUCGGUCGGUUUUACUUCAACACUUGCGCUUUCUUUUUGCGCUCCGCGGCUCGACUGACUCUCGACAUCGCCAUUGUUGGGUUCAGCAGAGUUAUGAGGACGACCGAGAGAUGCUUCCGGUACAAAAGUGAUAUCUUUAUGAAAGCUGUGGCGAGGAAGAGCUCAUGUGAUCGAGGCUAUUGUUAGACGAGAUGAAACGGUGUCGGUUGGCGUGACACACCUGGGAUCGUUUCAGCAGAGCUCCGAGCACGUAUUUCUACUGUUCCCCACAGCCAUCGUGCCUGCAAGCGGAAAGAUUCGUUUGUUUCGCCCAAUAUUAGUUAGAGAAGCCAUUCUAGUGUGUGUUAUUUCAUGGGGAUGUGUUCAAGGCAGGAGAGGAUUCAAAAAGACGUCGACAUCGUAAUUCAAAGGUGUAAGGCAGAGAAAGACUGCCUGUUUUCUGACUUUAGAUUCUCCGACUCCACCUUCACGUUCACCUACUCAAAAGGAGCUAAAAGGGUGUCCUACUCUGUUCACGUCUCUGAUGAUUAUCCAGAUAACACGUAUGUGUCUAAUUCUGAAAACGACGAUGAAGUGUUAGUGACCAGAGAUCCAAUACCAGUGAUUUUCAACAGAAUUGCAACAGAAAUACGCUUAAAUAAUGAUGCCACCAGCUGUCUGUCUAUUAAGUCAAAACUUCAAACUGAUAAACACUCGUGCCAUUAUGCUAUAGAGGAGGAUUCAGAGGGUGACAAUGAUUCUGAGGAGUUCUACUAUGUUGGACAGGUUAAUUACGAUGGAGAGCUUCACAAACACCCCCAGCUUGAGGCUGAUUUGGCGGCCGUGAGGGACUUAUAUGGCCAUCAUGCAGUAUCUCUCAGGGAAUAUGGUGCAAUUGAUGACGUGGACAUCGACCUACACAUCGAUGUCACUUUCUUAGAUGAGGAGAUUGCACUUGCCUGGGAUGUGAUCCGGAGUGAACCUGUUAUUGUGCGGCUUCACUGCUCCCUCACACAAUAUCUGAAUGGACCAGUUCCCACUGUUGAUGUGUUUCAAGUGUCUACAAAAGACAGAUUUGGACUCGGACAUCAGUUGAAAAAGAUAAUGCAAACCUUUGUCACACAGCAGUGGAAGUGUCAGAGCAAAGAUAAACUCAUCAGCCCGCACAGCAAAAAGCAAACAGAGAAGAAAGUCAAGUCUCCCCUGCAUAUUUUUUCAACAUUACGCAGAUCCCCCAGCUACCCUCCUCCUGGCUGUGUGAAGAGCAAAAAGAAGCUCAAACCUGAGCAGGAUGGCGUGUCAAAAUCCCACCGUCUGUUGCGGCGAACGUGCUCCAGCACGGUGAAGCCAGAAAUGGACGGCUGUGUCGGCAAGUCGCACAAGCUUUUAGGCCACUCGCUCUCCAGCGACCCACGCAUAGAGCAACAUCAGCCCCUUAAACAGCCCCACCGGCUGCUGCCGAGGCCCUGCUCGACUGCUGUGAAGCCGGAGGACUGCCCGCCGCUGCGGCCUCACAAGCUGUCGCCGCGGUCGAGUGCAGCAGAGCCUCGCUGUGAGCACGCUGCUGGCAGUAGCGAUGGUGGUGCUUUGAAGCCCCACCGGCUCCUGGGCCGCUCCUGCUCUGGUAGCGUGCGGACUGAAGAGCUGGAUGGCCUGAAGCACCACCACCGUCUGCUCAGCAGGUCCUACUCCAGCAACACCAAGAUAGGCAAGAGCGACAUCUUUAAAGAGCCUGUCACCGAGAGCAGACGCCUCUCCCUUACCUCAGGGCUAAUUGGUAUCCUGGCCCCAUCACUCUCUUCCACACCUCAGCCAAACUUCGGAGCCAAAUCCAUUCCAGUAAGAGACAGAGGCUUCCUUGUUCAGACUAUGGAGUAUGCAGAGCAGCGUAUCCCUGUGCUGAAUGAGUUUUGUGUGGUCUGUGAUGAACCUCACGUGUUCCAAAAUGGACCAAUGCUCAGACCCACAGUGUGUGAGAGAGAGCUGUGUGUUUUCGCCUUCCAAACGCUAGGGGUCAUGAAUGAGGCUGCUGAUGAGAUUGCCACUGGUGCUCAGGUAGUAGACCUACUAGUCUCCAUGUGCCGAUCUGCACUGGAGUCUCCGAGGAAAGUUGUCAUUUUUGAGCCAUAUCCCUCUGUGGUGGAUCCCAAUGACUCACAAGCACUUGCCUUCAACCCCAGGAAAAAGGACUAUGACCGGGUGAUGAGAGCACUUGACAGCAUCACAUCUAUCAGAGAAAUGACCCAGGCUCCAUACCUGGAGAUCAAGAAACAAAUGGACAGGCACGAUCCUUUGGCUCACCCACUACUGCAGUGGGUGAUAUCCAGCAACAGAUCACACAUAGUGAAGCUCACAGUUACUAGACAACUGAAGUUCAUGCACACACCCCAUCAGUUCCUCCUGCUCAGCAGUCCGCCAGCCAAAGAAUCCAACUUCAGAGCUGCCAAAGGCCUCUUUGGGAGUACCUUUGCUUUUCAUGGAUCACACAUAGAAAACUGGCACUCCAUUUUGAGGAAUGGUUUGGUCGUGGCAUCAAACACGAGACUUCAGCUGCAUGGUGCAAUUUAUGGGAGUGGAAUCUAUCUCAGCCCAUUAUCAAGCAUAUCCUUUGGCUACUCAGGGAUGAACAAAAAACAGCAGAAAGUUGCUUCAAAAGAUGAAACUGCUGCCAACAAGUCCACUGUUCAUUUGCAGUCACAGAAGAAAGGCCAGAACCCACAGUUUCUGCAGAGCCGCAAUCUGAAAUGCAUAGCCUUAUGUGAAGUUAUUACAUCUCCUGACCUGCACAAGCAUGGUGACAUCUGGGUGGUUCCAAAUACAGAUCACGUCUGCACACGUUUUUUCUUUGUCUACGAGGACGGACAGGUAGGUGACACCAGUAUAAACACCCAGGAGGCUGGCAUUCACCGGGAGAUCCUGCGAGUCAUCGGCAAUCAAACGGCCACUGGAUGAAGGUUUCUGAACACAAACCCGCUGCCUUGACCUCUUUCCCAAAGCUGGACAUUUUGAGGGCAGGAGGCCAAUACCAACUGUACUUUUGGUAACCACCGAACACACGAAUAAAACAAAAAGGAUAUUCACAAUCUUCAAAACACACUAUUUAUACGAUUCCCCCCCUCCGGGACACAUGCAUAUUUACACUGGCGAUUCAAACUCUUACCAUUUUGCUAAGUUUAUAAAUACAAGGUACAUUUUGAAAGAGCAUGGUACGUCUCUCAGCUCAACUGAUGGACUACUUAUUUUUUUGUAAACACAUGAAAAAUGAAAACACUUUGAAGAAUACAGUAUUUUAAGACUUUCCUGGAGAAAAAAACAAAACAAAAGAAUAUUCCUGUGUGGAUAUGCGCCAUCUGACCUUGUUUACUAAGAGUUGUACUUGUUAAAGUACAUUAAUUUGUGUAUACAAAAGGUGUCUACUGUAUAUGCACUUUAUUUUUCUUAACGUAUGAUAGAUGUUUCAAACUUCCAUAUAAUCUUAAAUGCCUUUCAAAGACAGACGUAUUUAUUGUUUGACAGCGCGGAACACAAGCGAGCGACUCCUGAUGUUUACAGCAGACGGAGAGCUUUGAUAAGUGUCGUUUCAAAACGGAUCCCUGUGCUACAGCUAAUAUGUCAUGCUACUUCAAAUGUAGCUGUCGGUUUACAAUUCCUAAAGGCCUCAGUUUAGAAUUUGCCCAGAUUUACUAAACCUGCCACUUCAUUUACUUAAUCAUUUCAAAAUACUCAGUAUUGCUGUAAUGUUUUCACUGAUGAGUGAAUAUACCCCAAAAAUCUGAAAGAAAAAGACGACUUUAUAUAUUCGGCAGCAACAGCUAAACAGAUGAUGCAUGUUGCUUUUACAUUUUCAAAGAAUUUGUUCUCCUUGGUAUGGAUACAGAGGCUUUUUUUGAUAAGGAUAAAACUCGGCACCAAAUUGUAAAAUGUUCUUUGAAUAUUUCAAUAUAAAUCUUUUUUUGUAAGGUGAUUUUAAGGCAGAAUAAGUGUUUGCUGCUUGUUGUUUAUACAUUGUAAUGUAUUAACAGAGGGUUCAAAUGUGUGAGUAUUCUGUUCGAUUUUUGGCAAUUCUUUAUAGUGAUGUUUAGACACCUUUUGUGGUUGUUUACUUUCUAAACAUUAAAAUGUUUGGUCAUUUAAAAUCACGUCAUCUAUUUGAUGAUGAUAAUUAUCCAGUAUAAAUACACUACCUGACAAAAGUCUGGCCGCCUGUCCAGGUUUUAGGAACAUCAAAUACUAACUUGACUUCUAGUUGAUCAUUUGGUAUCAGAAGUGGCUUAUAUGAAAGGCAAAGGCCUCUAGAAGACGCUUAUUUUACCAGAAUAAAAUAUGAUCAUGCCUUGAUUUUUAACGAUUUAAUUAGGACAGUAAGGUCUGACUUUGCUUGGACAAAAGUCUUGUCACUUAACAGAAAUAAUGUACAGUAUAGAAUAUAAAGUCAUGGUGCAGUGAGAAAAUAAUGAAUAUUGUUUAUGACUUUCAUGAGCUUGGAGGACUGCAUCCAUACAUCUCUGCAAUUACUUAUUAUUAAGGUCAUCUGGAAUGGCAAAGAAAGUGUUCUUGCAGGACUCCCAGAGUUAAUCAAGAUUCUUUGGAUUCAUCUUCAAUGCCUUCUCCUUCAUCUUACCUCAGAGAUACUCAAUAAUGUUCAUGUCUGGUGACUGAGCUGGCCUAUCCUGGAGCACCAUGACCUUCUUUGCUCUCAGGAACUUUAAUGUGGAGGCUGAAGUAUGAGAAGGAGCGCUAUCCUGCUGAAGAAUUUGCCCUCUCCUGUGGUUUUUAAUGUAAUGGGCAGCACAAAUGUCUCUUGCACGCCCCCAUUCCGAAUGUAACCCCAAACUAUGAUUUUUCCUUCACCGAACUUGACUGAUUUCUGUGAGAACCUUGGGUCUAUGCGGGUGCCAAUUGGUCUUCUGCAGUAUUUGUGAUGAUUGGGAUGCAGUUCAGCUUAUGAUUCAUCAGAAAAAUCUACCUUCUGUCACAUUUCCAAAUGAUUAACUAGAAGUCAAGUUAUUAUUUGUUGCUCUUACAAUUGAGAUUGAUGACAAGACUUUUGUAAGGUAAGAUAUUUGGUUCUUUUAAUUGUAUUUAAAAUACUAUUUGAAGGAAAUGCAACUUUUACACAAAGUCGAGAUGUAGCACCACGUUGUUUCCUCCACGUAUGAGCAGAAUUAUGGGUUUUAUUUAAAAAGAUGAAAAAGCAGGCACAUUAAAUAUGUAGUAUUGAUCGUUUUGUGUGCAGAAAAGUAUUUUCUAUUUUUCCAUGGGACUCUGAAACACUGGUAAAUCCACAAUGUUCAAUUGCAAUAUAUUCAAAUCGUAUGCCAUUGUAGAUUCAGUUGAUCAAACAAGCUGACAACAGCUUAAUAUUCAUUUCAAUCUGAAGUAAACGUUUACGUAAUCAUAGUAAUUAACAAACGAGAUGUAAAUCAGAUUUAUUAAAAUCCGCUGUCUGAUCUGUUAAUUAAGGAUUGAAAUGAGGGUUAGGUCUCUACGUCAUAACAUUUCCAUUUAUUUUUACUUUGCCUUUAUUUUGAUGGACCGUGUUCAUAUGUGAUAGUUUUGUUUGUAUAGUUUUGUACAUUUUCUGCACAAUUUGGUAAAAAAAAAAAGAAAUAAAAAGAUCAUGCUACUUAGCAUUUGGUGCCUUAUCGAUAAGGAUAUAAUGGCAAAUAUGACAAUACCGGUCAUAUAUGAAAAUACUGUAUGUAGUGUAAAUAAUGCCACAGCAACACGAAGGCCAAAUAUUUUCUGUAGUAUGUUUUUACUUUUUUCCUUAUUUUGCGAACAGAUUCAGCUUUAUGGCUUUUUACAAGUUAUGGAAAUAGUAGCUUAUGUAUCUGUUUUAUGUUCAUUAAAUUCAGAUUUGCCUAUAA